CGGGAUCUGAUUGGCUCAUGGGAGAUUCUGGUUUGUGUCCCUCUGCAGGAAAAGGAGACGCCCCGAGACCCAGCAGGGAGCCACGGCCGUGAUGCUCAGACACAGCUUCUCCCACAAGGGGAUCCCCUUCCCCACAGAGAUGGAGAUCUACCACCCCGAGAGCAUCGACUUCAUAACGAACCGCUUCCAGGUGCUGGACGACGACAUCUUUAGUGUUACCUACCCCAAGUCAGGUACCAACUGGAUGAUGGAGAUCCUGAGCCUCAUCUGGCAGCAGGGAGACCCGUCCUGGUGCCGCAGUGUGCCCAUCUGGGAUCGGUCUCCCUGGCUCGAGUCCCCUAAUGCUCUGGAGAAGCUGAAGUCUGCAAAGCCUCCCCGCCUCAUCAGCUCCCACCUGCCCAUCCAGCUCUUUCCCAAAUCCUUCUGGGGCUCCAAAGCCAAGGUCAUCUACACCGUCCGUAACCCCAAGGACCUGCUGGUUUCCCUCCAUCAUUUCUCCAAGCUGGCAAACUUCCUGGAAGAGCCAGAGUCCCUGGAGUGCUCC